AUGGCUGGGAAAUCUGCUAAAAAACAUGCUAUUAACAACACAAGAAUUUUAAAUCAAUCGAUCUACAUAUCUAGUGGUUUGAUUACUCUAUCUUUAUCAAGACUCUUUCUAAGUAAUGAUAAAUCUGUAACUCUAUCGUUUUUCUUCAAUCUUAAAUUGAUUUUAUCUCAAUUACCACUUUUGGUAUGUCUCUACAUCCUAAAUAAAACAGGUAGACCAAUCUGGUCUAAUGGUGAAUUGAAAAAUGAAGGCUCAAUGAUCAAUUUAUCAAACCCUCAGGGAUUGGUCGAAUAUAUGCUGGAUAUAAUUUAUUUAUCAUGGGUCGGUGACAUUUUUUUGACCAUUUUUAAUUCAUUUAAAUUGAUUUGGUUAAUUUGGAUCAUCGUAAUCCCAAGUUAUAUAAUUUAUAAGCUAUUCCAAUUGAGAAAUCAGUUUGGUGGUUCAAAAUCCUUCAAUAUUCCACAACAAAAUAAUAAAAAUGCCAGAAGUAGAAGAAGUAUAAAUGCAAAAGAAACUGAAAAAUCUAAAAGACAAUUGAAAAGAGAAAAUAGGUCUAAUGAAAAGGUUAAAUAUAGGUAUAAAUAG